AUCAGGAAGGACCUGCUUAAAGGACCUGUCCAGGUUGGACCGGACACUCAGCUGUACGUUUGAGUCCAGAACUUUGCAAAGAUGGAUUUCCAGCACCGAGCUGGAGGGAAGACUGGGAGUGGAGGAGUGGCGUCCUCCUCCGAGAGCAACCGAGACAGACGGGAGCGGUUACGGCAGCUGGCCCUGGAGACCAUUGACAUCAACAAAGAUCCCUAUUUUAUGAAGAAUCACUUGGGUUCAUAUGAGUGCAAGCUUUGUCUGACACUUCAUAACAAUGAGGGAAGUUACUUGGCGCACACACAAGGAAAGAAACAUCAGACCAACUUAGCGCGACGAGCAGCCAAAGAGGCAAAAGAGGCUCCUGCUCAGCCGGCUCCAGCCAAAGUCAAAGUUGAGGUCAAGAAAUUUGUCAAAAUUGGUCGACCAGGAUACAAAGUCACCAAACAGAGGGAUUCAGAAACUGGACAGCAGUCUUUACUUUUCCAGAUCGACUACCCAGAGAUCGCUGAAGGAAUUGGACCGAGGCACCGUUUCAUGUCUGCCUAUGAGCAGCGCAUUGAGCCCCCUGAUCGUCGCUGGCAGUACCUGCUGCUGGCUGCUGAGCCAUAUGAGACUAUUGCGUUCAAGGUCCCCAGUAGAGAAAUCGAUAAAGCAGAAAACCGCUUCUGGACCCACUGGAAUAGAGAAACUAAACAGUUCUUCCUGCAAUUUCACUUCAAAAUGGAGAAAGCUAUUCCCCAGUCCACUGGUCCAGUGCCUCCAGCAGGGGUGAAGCGCCCCCUUCCUCUCAUGACUGGAGUUGGACCCCGGUCAAUGAAUGAUUCAAUGCCUCCUCCCCCCACCAGGAGGGAUUCUGUCCCUCCACUCCCACCUGGUGCCCCAGGUGCCCCCCAGAUGCCCAUGCCCCCCAUGCCAAUGAGGCCGCCACCUCCCGAUGGACUCUUAUCUCAUAAUUGAUCAUCUACCAGUGGAUCAUGCUUGCUUUCUUUCAUGGGCUGCAGUCCCACUGCCCUGCCUGCGGUGCCCAUCUCACCGUAGGCACUGCAGGUACAUUCAGUUUUCAUUUUCCCUUCAGUUGAUGUUUGAAGUCCACAUUCGUAGAUUUUUAUACAUUUGUUUGAUUUAUCUAAAUGUGUGGGGCAGUCUGCAACAUUGUAAUAACUACUCUGUACUGUUUUGUAUAAAUGCUUGGAUUCAGGUCUUUUAAGAGUCUGUUUUUGUAAUUAAAUGAUGAGGAGAAAAA